AUGCGGACGAGCGUGGAUAACAAGCAACCGGCGUCCAACGUCGAGGAUCCUCGAUCCGAGACAGCGAUGCUGCACACGCUAGACGAGCGAAUCCUUGAGCUCUCGCACCAGUCGCCGCCGUUCUACCGAAAUCGCAACCUUCUCAGGCUGUAUCUCCUCAUCAUCCCCGGCUGCUUGGUGCCUGCCAUUACCCUUGGCUUCGACAGUGCCAUGAUGAAUGGUCUUCAGGCAGUCCCAACCUGGGACACCUAUUUUGGAAAACCACGAGGAGCCAUUCUCGGCAUCUUGAACGCCAUCAUCGCACUGGGCUGCAUCUGUGCCACGCCCUUCAUCAGCAUGGUUGGAGACCGUCACGGAAGGCGGAUGGGCAUCUUUACCGGCGCGAUCAUCAUGCUGAUCGGAGGUAUCAUCCAGGGUGCAUCGGUUCACAUCGGCAUGUUCCUCGUAUCGCGGUUUAUCUUGGGCUUUGGUCUAGUCUUCGCCAAUGCCUACGCGCCCAUGCUGAUCGCCGAGCUGUCUCAUCCCAAAGACCGGCAGGUUGCUACCUCUCUAUAUCAGACAUCCUGGUACCUGGGUGCGGUGUUUGCCGCCUGGACUACGUUUGGAACGUUCCGGAUCCCCAAUGAGUGGGCAUGGAGGAUCCCCUCCUACCUCCAGGGGUUCCCGGCGCUGAUCCAGGCUGUGGGCGUCUGGUUCUUGCCUGAAUCGCCUCGUUGGCAGAUUGCCCGAGGCAAGCCAGAGAUGGCGCACGACUUCCUGGUAAAGUAUCAUGCAAAUGGCGACGCUGCCUCGGAGCUCGUCAACCUCGAGUACAAGGCCAUGCGGGCGGUCAUCGAGGCCGAGGUCAACAACGAGACUGGCUGGAAAACGCUCCUCGCGACGCCUGGCAACCGCCGCCGUGUCCUGACUCUGGUGCUCCUCGGUCUGUUCUCGCAGUGGUCCGGCAACGGCCUUGUAUCAUACUACCUGGCUCGUGUCCUCGAAACCGUCGGCAUCAAGGACGCGAGCACCCAGAACAUCAUCAAUGGAUGCCUCAUGAUUUUCAACUGGAUGACUUCGGUUUGCUCUGCCUUUGCCACAGCCAAGCUCAAGCGGCGCACGCAGUUCCUCACCUCUGCUAUCGGCAUGCUCGCGGUGUUCUCGGUACAGACGCUCUGCGCCGGCCUGUUCAACGAGCGUGGGAACCGUGCGGCGGCUCACGCCGUCAUCGCCAUGCUCUUCAUCUUCUACUUCUUCUACAACCUGGCCUUCAACGCCCUGCUCUACUCAUACCCCGUUGAGAUCCUGCCGUAUCCGAUCAGAGCCAAGGGCUUCUCCAUCCUCAUGUUCUUUGGCAAGGCGGCCGUCUUUGUCAAUGUGUUCCUCAACCCCAUCGGUAUGCAGGCGCUUGGCUGGAAGUACUACGGUGUUUACGUUGGCGUGCUGGCGGUCGAGGUUGUACUCAUCUGGAAGCUCUUUGUUGAGACCAAAGGCCCGAGUCUGGAGGCCAUCGCGGCGCGUUUUGAUGGGGACAAGACCGCAGUCGACUCGGAGACGCUGACCAAGGACCUGACGCGAGAUGAGAAGGAGACUGCGUAG